AUGUCCUCCGACGACCCCCUUAUUUUCAGAAUCGACCACGUGAACACCGCGGCCUGGGUGGGAAAUCACCGGUUCACGUCUGCCGCUGAGCACAGUGUCGGCGUCUACCUCCGAGUCGCCGGGGACCGCCAGGCGAUCACCAUCCUUGAGCACGACCGGCUUGGCCACACGAGUGACUUACCAGAAGAUUGGCCGACCAGCUCGCCAUACUGGCUAUGGGGCUACCCAGUACACGAAUGCUACGGCUGUACGAACACCGAUUAUGCUUGCUUCAUCAGCCCGGGGGCGGUAUCCUGCAGCCGGUGCUUGAAAACGCAUCAAGCAUGCAACGCCAACAACUUCGCCAUAUGGCACUGGGACGGUGGCGUUGUACAGGCAGCGUGGGACGCGUUGGUAGGAUACGUGGCACUGUACAACGCUCGGGUGGCCAGGAUGGCAUGGCCGCCCCCAACCUGUGGGUACGCAUUGCUGAACUCUAUGGAAGGGAUUCGUCGCCCACCGACAAUCACCCACCAGACCUUCGCUGAGAUACUUCGACAGGUGAAACCUCGCCUUUCGAGCACGGAGCGCAUGCUUCAGACUGGCAUUCCAAGUCUCUCACUGAGCAGCGCUACCGACGAACAGGCUUCGAAUCCCAGAGGCGGUCAACGCAUUACAUGGGACGACCAGGCAUGA